CGUAAAGGUUAUCUUAUCUGAAAUGAAAUGUCAUCACAAAAAGUAAAACAACCAUCGAUCAAAACAAAUACAAUUAAAAAAUUAUUUAAGUCAAACGCGUUAAAUGUGCUUUAUUAAUUUUGACCAAAUAAAUACGUUCAGUGAGUUUUAAUACUAUAAAAGCGUAGACAGGUUAUAUUUAUCAAAUUCGCAGUCACGUCAUUAAUAAAAAGUAACUAACAUGAACCGUGAAAGCGAGUUACUACCCAAAAUAGUGGUAUUAGGAUCAUGCAGUGUAGACUUUACAACUUAUGCUCCCAGGCUCCCGAAACCUGGUGAAACCCUUAUUGGCACUAAAUUUAUAACGAGCUAUGGUGGUAAAGGUGCAAAUCAGUGCGUAGCGGCCGCAAAAUUGGGUGGAAAUACAUUCAUGAUAUGCAGGCUAGGAGAUGAUCCAUGGGGUGAUCAAUAUAAACAACACCUUAAGGAUCUUGGAGUUGAUGUGACUAAUGCUCAUAUAACUCCUAAUAUAACUACAGGCAUAGCUCAAAUAUCAGUGGCAGAAAGUGGGGAAAAUCAAAUAGUCAUUGUACCCGGUUCCAAUGGUCAUUUAAGUAAAUUGGACGUAGAAAAGUCCGCUGAUCUUAUAACGAACGCAGAUGUCCUCAUUGGCCAAUUAGAGACGCCGUUUGAAACUACAUUAGAAGCAUUUAAAUUGAACAAAGGAAUAAAAAUAUUAAAUGCAGCACCAGCUCGAAAAGAUAUUGAAGAAAUACUACCUUACUGUUCAAUAUUAUGUGUAAAUGAAUCUGAGGCGUCCAUUCUUACAAAUCUUGAUGUUGAUAUUUCAAAUGCUACUAUUGCUUUGAUGAAACUGUUAGAAACCGGCUGUGAAAUUGUUAUUAUUACAUUAGGUGAAAAGGGAGCUGUAUAUUCAUCAAAACAUGAACCAACACCAAUACACGUAUUAUGCAACCCUGUGACUCCUAUUGACACCACGGGGGCUGGGGAUGCAUUCGUAGGAGCUCUGGCAACGUUUUUAAUGACACAGAAGAACUACCCAAUGCAUCAAAUUAUUGGAGCUGCAUGUGAUGUUGCCACUAUAUCAGUUACAAAGGAGGGCACACAAACCAGUUACCCUACAAAAUUCAAUGCUUCUGAUAAAGAAUAUAAAUAUUUGUAUCUGUAAAUAAAAAAUUAUUAAAUAAAACAACUGGUAUACAAACCAUCAAGGUUUUACAUUUAAUUAAAUAAUGUAUUCUUAGCAAGAAACAAAUUAUAGAAGGUAUCGCUUAUUCAUUAUCUAAAGCCCAAAAUAAACAUUUUGAUAUCUUAAACAAACC